AUGUCUAUAGAGGAGGAGGAUGAUGAUGAUGAUGAUGAUGAUGAUGAUGAUGAUGAUGAUGAUGAUGACGAUGACGAUGAUGAUGAUGAUGAUGAUGAUGAUGAUGAUGAUGAUGAUGAUGAUGAUGAUGCAUUGUCUUUGCAUAAUGAGCCAAGUAGAGAGCAGCACGAUGAUGAAAACACUACAGAAAGAAGCAAUGAUGCAUCUGGACACAAAAGUAAUUUUCUAGAUAUUCCUUUCUUCAAACUCCCGUGUCUACAACAGGCCAAGGUUGAAUUGCCACAGAGCCCAUGUGACGUCCUGGCGGGUAGCUUCAUUGCUCUCAAACAUACCUUAUUGAAGCCUCACUGGUUUCAGUUGUUCUAUUGUGAAACUGAAGAGAGCAAGGCUUAUGAAGAUAUUGGAAUAUUCCAUGAGUUGCUUGGGUUUGUUGGGAUAUGA